AUGGAUACGAGCAAGAACAAGUGCAACAAUCCGAAUCCCAAGCUCUACGCCAACUUUUUGAGUCGAUUAACUUUUGGUUGGCUACUCCAAUUGUUUAAGUAUGGAAAAUAUUACGAAUUGGAAAUAAAAGACGUCUACAAUGCCCUACCGGACGAUGAGAGUGACAAGCUCGCAACCGAAUUGGAGAGUUGUUGGAAAAAGGAGCGAAAAAGAAAAGAGCCAAGACUACUUCGUACCGUCCUGACGGCCUUUGGCAUGUCGUGUCACAAAUAUGCCUUUUACUCGAUAGUGUUGAACCUGUUCGUCAGGGUAGCACUGCCACUAGAAUUAAACCAUUUUUUAACUUGCUUUCGAGAAGAUGAGACGCCAUGUGUGCACGUGCGGGCCUCGACUUUUCUCGGCUUGCUCAUAGUACAAACGAUUUUGACGCAUCAUGCAAAUUUCGGACUCAAGGUAGUCGAUUCAAGUUGUAUAGUUAUGUCAAGAUUAAGCAAGAAAAUCGGCAGACUCACGGAAAAAAGAAUAUUCAUAAUGAAUGAACUCAUUAAUGGUAUGAAAUUCAUCAAGAUGCAUUAUGCCUUGUGCUAUCAAUUUCCUCAAGCAAUCAAAAAUCUAUCAAGUGCAAAAGAAUCUUUGAAUCGUAUAAGGUCAUUUUUACUUCUGGAAGAAGUACAAAUAUUGCCCAGACCAGGCCAUGACAAAUCAAUUAUUUUAAGAAAUGUCAAUGCUAAAUGGACUGCAGAUGCCAUUGUUAAUACUCUAAGAGAUGUGAACCUAUGCCUUGGACCAAAUAAAUUUUAUGCUAUUACAGGUUCUGAAGGAGCUGGAAAGUCAACACUCCUGAAACUAUUAACCGGUGAGCUUAGUCCAGUCACUGGUGAGAUCCUAGUUCCUGAAGAAAAAUCGUAUGCCCAACAGAAGCCUUGGUUGAUACUAGGUACCAUAAGAGCCAAUAUUUUAUUUGGAGAACCUUAUGAAGUAGAACACUAUAAAGAGAUUUUAAAAAUUAGUCAACUAGAUGAUGCUUUGAGAAGCUUACCUUUUGAAGAUGAUACUAUAGUUGGAGGUGACAAUAAAGUCAUCGAUGAUUUUUUAUGCGCAAAAAUUAAUCUAGCAAGAAUGAUGUACAGAAAUGCUGAUUUUUAUAUAUUAGAUGAUAUGGAAUUCGAAGCAGAAACAGAAAUAAUCGAAAAGUUACUUCAAGACUGUUUAAUUACCUACUUGAAAGAUAAAACACGCAUUGUAGCAACACAAUGUAUCGACCGAUUGAAACUGUCGGAUGAAAUUAUAUAUUUAAGCGAAGGUCAAGUAAUAUUUCGAGGAAAUUUUACCGAUUUUCAAAAUGAUAAUAGAAACCUCGUGAACUCGUUAGUUUCAAAUGACCAUCCAAAAAAAGAUUAUGUUACAGAAAAAGCUUUUAUACAUCGCAGUAUGAAAGUUGAUCGAAUGAACUCUGUUGAAGAAUUUGUAGAAAAAAUGGACAAAAUUUACAGCGAACCUAAAGAGACUGAUGGACUUUUAAGAAAAAUUGAUAAAAUACAGAAUACUAUGUUGUUGAAGUAUUUUUGGGCUAGUCGAUCGUAUGUUUUUAUAUGCAUAUUAAUUAUUGGCUUAGUGGUUGGGUUUGUGCUCAUGACUAUUGCAACUCACUGGAUUGGAAACUGGUAA